GCAGUCGCCGAGGGCACGUGAAAGCAUGAAUCAAAUGCCGCCGAGCGAUUGCAUCGCGUAAAAGUAGCGUGAGUGUGUCCGGGAGAUCUUCCGUUCGAUCGUGCAAGAUCAAUGUGAGUCGUGAGCCAACUGCUUCCAAUGCGCAAAAUGCAUUAUUUAGACGUUUCGCUAGAAUUGUCACAGCGAUCUGAUCAAGAAGUAACCCACAUAUACUUGAAGAAGAACGUUCUUCAAGCUGUGCGUCAAUUGUUCGGCGAGGAAGGAGCCAAGAGUACAAUAGAUAUCCUGAAAUUUGACCCAGCGACACUAAGGUUCAUUUUACGUUGUUCAUCCUACGACUACGUGCGACUUAGAGCUGCUCUGACCUUUGCCACAAAGUACGAGGGCCACACGUGCGUGUACAUAGUUCAUCGAGUAUCACCAAACUUGCUAUCGUUCAUCGCCGAUAGUAGAACGUACGAACACUAAAUUAGACCUGUCACUCAAAGAAGAAUAUCCAUCUAGACAGAUACCAUGCCGUCGAUUGUCAAAGAAGGCAAGGACACCAUAAUCUUCGCG